UUUUUUUUUACAGAAAAUGUCCUUCUUAGUGAGUCUGACAGACAGCGAUCCGAAUAAUAUCCCAGAAAAUAACCAUAUUUCAAAUACAGAUGGCACAUCAAGCACUCAGAGUAGUGUACACAAGAUAUACGAAUUAAUUCAAAAAACCUGUAAUUAUACAAACUGCAGCGAUGCUGAAAAUUACGAAUACGAUAAAUAUUCUUAUAGUGAUAACCUUGCCAUGGAACAAAUUGUAAAUAUUGUCAGCAUCCUCGUACCUACUCUAUUUGGAAUCAUCGUGGCAGUGGGACUCUUAGGAAAUUCCUUAGUUGUAGUUGUGGUGUCUUGUAACUCACAAAUGCGCUCAACCACUAACAUCUUAAUCAUCAAUUUAGCUGUAGCCGACCUUCUGUUUAUUAUAUUUUGUGUACCAUUUACAGCAUGGGACUAUGCAUUCCCAUAUUGGCCGUUUGGAGAUAUAUGGUGUAAAACAGUACAGUAUCUAGUCAUUGUAUGUGCUUACGCUAGUAUCUACACAUUAGUAUUGAUGUCGUUAGAUAGAUUUCUCGCAGUUGUUCAUCCUAUAACUUCUAUGUCUAUCCGUACCGAAAAAAAUGCUUAUAUUGCCAUAGGUCUUUUAUGGUGCCUCAUAUUAUUGUCGUGUAUCCCGGUUUCUCAAUCACACGGAGAACUUCCCUUCGUUAUCGAAAACGUUCAUUACUCAACUUGCGGGUUUUUAUCCGAAGAAGGGUAUAAUUUAGCCGCAUUUCACAUAUGUUUCUUUUUAUCUUCUUACGUAGUACCCUUGGCUCUCAUAUUUUGUUUAUAUAUGCUAAUGUUAAAGCGAUUAUGGUUUGGCAACUCACCCGGAGGACACGUCAGUGCGGAAAGUUUAAGAUCAAAAAAACGUGUUACCAGAAUGGUAGUUGUUGUAGUUGUUAUAUUUGCAGUGUGUUGGUGUCCAAUUCAAAUUGUGCUCCUAUUAAAGAGUAUCAACGCCUACGAAAUUACACCAUUUCGACUUAUGGUACAAAUUACAUCUCAUACAUUGGCAUAUAUGAAUUCUUGCGUAAAUCCUAUCCUUUACGCUUUCCUCUCCGAUAAUUUUAGGAAAGCAUUUCAUAAAGUUAUAUCUUGUAACUCACCGUGUAAUAGAUUACUGUUGUGCGAUUCGUUCAACAAUUCUUCUUCGCACACUAAAGUAACAAAUUCUGCUGUUUAGUUAUAGAUAAUUAGAUGUUUUAAUUCUCAAAAAAGAAAAACCUUAUCAGUUUCUUCUUAUUGCUGUAUAUUUUCUGUCAUGAAUAAUAUUGUAUUGUAGAUAGGUGCUAUAUUUACAAUUUAAUGUGUUAGACAUGUUGGUUGUCAUGAUGUGUGAAGAGAAUGAAUGAGGUUUGUCUUGGAAUUAUUGUAUAAAACUAAGAGGUUUUCUUGACACUGCUCGUAAAUGGGGCUCUACUAGUAGUGUCACCAAAGCCACUGGAUGUUAUUUGGAUCAUAAAUAACAUAUUAAUAAACUGAAAUUUGUAAAGAAAAACAAUAGAUUUACAGUAAUUCUGUCGUUUUUGUUGCCAAAAUUUAAGAGAAAAAAUGUAUAUAAAUAUAUAUUUAUUCUUAGUUAAAAU